AUGGUGGCUCGUUCUUACGUUGUUAAUGAACUUUUGUAUUUUCUUAUAAAUAAUUCAAAUAUGUUAGAAAAUGAUUGUUUGAAAAUGAUUUUGAAUGCAAACGACAUGCUAGAAAAAUGCCCUAUUUUUCCAUUGUUGUCACAACCUGAAGAAAAUUUUGCGGCAAAAAAUAAAGUAAAUACCAAAGCGCCGAACAAUAUCAACAAUGAAAAUGUAACUCAAAAAGCGAAAUCCCAUAACGUCAAUGAUAAAGUUGUAAAAACUGAAAAUUGGGCUGAUGAUCUCGAUACCCCAACCGAUAAAAGUAUGCAACCAUUUACUUUAGUGGAAAAACGUAAACGACUAAAUAAGUUUCCAGGAAUAUUAUAUGAAACUCAAGAUUCCGAUAGUGUUCAACCCCUAAAAUACUCAGAAGUUGCCAAAAAAACAAAAUCAAAAAUAAUUGGAAAUAAAGUAAAUAAUGAAUGCAAAUUAAAAGCAGAGAAAAUCAUUGUUAAAAAAAGUUUUUUCAUGAUGAGUAAUGUUAAGAAAUGCCAUCGAAACGAUGUAGCCGAAUAUUUAACAGAAAAUGGAAUUAGAGUGAUAUCUUGUUUUCCAAUUUUUAACAAAACAGAAGCUGAAAACAAAGGCAAAGAAAAUAAAAUUGAUGAAUCAUCAACAAUGUUCAGAGUUUGUGUCGAAAAAUCUGAUGUUGUCAAAAUGAAAGAUCCGGACGUAAUACCACAACAUAUAAUCGUCCGUGAAUGGCAAUUCAACCCAAAAAUCAGUGAAAAAGUUGUUUCUAACAACGAUGUUUGA